AUGGCAGAAGAAAACCUAGUAACCGAGCAUUCAACAAAUGUAUCGCAUGCAGCUCCAAAUCAAGAUGAGUCUACAAUUGAAGGCAACGAUUUGCUUCACCACAUCACGGGUGAAAGAAUACCGACAAGAUUCGAUAGAUCUGGAAGAGUAACUCAAGAAUUUGCAGCUUGGAAGAGGCAAGAUGCUCUAUUGAAGUCCUGGCUUUUUGCUUCAAUGACAAAACCGUUUACAACUCGCAUGGUGGGAUGCAUCUACUCGUACGAAAUCUGGAAAAGGUUAGAAGACCACUUCUCCUCUCAAAUUAAAGCUAAGAUAGUGCAGCUGAAAAACAAGUUGAGUACAAUUAAGAUAGGCAGUUCAGUUAAUGAGUAUGUGUUAGCGAUUAAAGGAACAAUUGACGCCUUGGCCUCAGUAGGGGAACCUAUGCGGGAAAGUGAUCAUGUCAAUGCCAUCUUGAAUGGUUUAACUGAGGAAUACAGCACAGUUAUCACCUCAGUGGUAGGAAGACCAGUAAGUAUCGCAGUUGGAGAACUAGAGACACUCUUAUUGACUUAUGAAAGUAUGCUGGAAAGGUUCAGAAAGUCAGACUCAUUCAUACAAGCAAAUGUGGCCGAAGGUGGAGGAUAUUCCCAAGGCUACAACACAAGAGGAGGAUUCAGAAAUGACUAUAGAGGCAGAGGGGGCAGAUCAGCCAGAGGAACUCAUGGAAGCAGCAAUAAUUUCAUAUAUGACAGGGGCUAUUAUAAUGGACAAGGACAGUUCAGGUCCAACAAUCACAACUACAGGUCUGAUAGGAGUGACAACAAUUACAAAUCUGAUGCUCAAUUCCAUGAUGAUGUGAGGUUUGGCAACGGUUCAAGAUUUGGGAAUGGCUAUGAUCCCAGGUUCACUAAUACUGAAGAAUCAAGAUUUGUGAGAGAAAGACCAGUUUGCCAAGUUUGUGAUAAACUUGGACAUACAGCAAAUACGUGUUGGUAUAGGUAUGAGAGAAAUGAUAGUCCGAGAGGUCAAGAUCAGAAUUGGUAUCCAGACUCAGGUGCAACGCACCACAUGACUACUGAUCAACAAAACCUUAUGCAAAAAGAGAAUUAUGAAGGGACAGACCAGGGAACUAGAGAGGUUGUCCUACAUGAAAAAGUUGAAAGAGUGAUGUACAAAUUUCUGAACUUCACCCCAUCAAAUAAGACAGCUGCCUUUAUCUCAGCUGUGUCCACACCUAAUCCCUUUCUUCUAUGGCAUAAUCGAUUGGGUCAUGCCUCUAAUAAUAUCGUCUCUUCUGUUUUAAAAUCAUGUAAUAUUGUUGCUCAUUCAAAUAAUAAAAACCUGUGUGAUUCUUGUUGCAUUGGCAAAUCUCAUGCUUUUCCUUAUCCUCCUUCAACUACUGUCUAUAUUGCUCCUUUAAUGCUAGUUUAUUCAGAUAUUUGGGGUCCUGCACCCAUUCCUGACUUGAAUGGAAAUUUUUACUUUGUCAAUUUUGUUGAUGCUUACAGCAAAUUUACUUGGUUAUACCUUAUUAAAACUCGCUCUCAACUCAAAUCUGUUUUCAAGUAUUUCCAACAAAUGGUUAAGCUGCAAUUAAACUCUAAAAUCAAAAUGUUUCAAUCUAACAAUGCGGCUGAAUAUGUGAGCCGAGCUAAAGAUUUACAGGUGCAAGGGAUCAUGCACAGGUUCUCCUGUCCACACGAACAUCAGCAGAAUGGCAGUGCAGAGAGGAAAUAUAGGCAUGUUGUGGAGAAAGCCUUAGCUAUCCUGGCUGGAGCUGGCAUGCCAAUGCAGUAUUGGGGGGAGGCCUUUGUCAUGACAAUACACCUAAUAAACAGGUUGCCUACUCUAGUCUUGAAAGAUCAGUCACCCUUUGAGAAACUAUUUGGAAAGAAGUGUGACUACUCCAGGUUGAAAACCUUUGGCUGUUUAUGCUUUCCGUAUUUGCGACCCUACAACAGACACAAACUUGAGUUUAGAUCAGCAGCCUGUGUGUUUUUAGGCUACAGUGCAGUUCACAAGGGCUACAGGUGCCUUACUCCACAAGGCAAAAUAAUUGUUUCCAGCAAUGUAGUCUUUGAUGAGUCUCAAUUUCCCUUCAAAACUGGAACCUUCAUAUCCUCCCCUAACCCAGAAAAAGCUCCAUCCCAUAUUCAUUUGUCUCCAACCAUUCCACUUAUCAAGAGAUGUCCAACCCAUCUCCCACAACCUUCCUUAUCAAAUACCUCAAACCAACUCAAUCAGUCACAAACACCAGCAGCUAUACAGCUUCAAUUAUCCUCACACUCUUCACCUACACAAGCAGUCUCAACAACACCCUCUAUCUCUAAUACCUCUAGUCAUUUUGCUUCCACCUUCCCUGCACCCUCAGCUCCCUCUGACACAGCAAUUUCAGUCCCUAUUUCUGACCUAGAAAUUGUAUCUGACAAUCAACCAGAUCUCCAAAUCCUACCUCUAAACACUCACCCAAUGAUCAUAAGGAGUAAGAAUGGGGUGUUCAAACCCAAAGCUCUCCUAGCUGCUACUGAACCUAGGACAGUGAGAGCUGCCUUGUCUCACCAGCCUAGAAGGCUGCUAUGGAUGCAGAAUAUGAUGCUCUAA